AGUUGCAUAAACCAAAUUUUAUUGAUCAAGUUAUGACAGGAUCAAAAUUUAUCAUGAUAAUGUCUUAUGUAAUAUUUGCUAUCUUGAUAACAAAAUUAAUUUAUUCAUCUACAUUGUACACAAUGAACUGGAUCAAAGAUGUACAUUAUUAUUCUUGUUAUCAAAUCAUUGGAAUACCAGUAAUUGAUUUAGGUCUAGAUUUUGAGUACACUGAUAGUUUAAUAGCGAUAUUUUUGUUAUUGGCGGUAAAAUUUAAAAGUUCAUUACCAACGUUGAAUAUUGAAAAUACUCUCUCAACAUGGUAUUUUAAUUUAGCCAUAAUUUGCCUUAAUGGAAUAAUUGUGCCGUCAAUAUUAUCAACUAUUUAUUACUUUUCAUUCGUAUUAAUCGCUUCAUUAAUAGCCUUAAAAGGUCAAAGAAUAAUUGUACUUUUUCCAAAUAUAUUCAAAGCAAUAGGUAUAUAUACUUGCAUCCAUGUCGUUGUGUUAUUUUUUUAUCAAAUGCAUUGGAUUCAAGCUAUUACUAAUACUAAUUCUGACAUUGUAAAAAAAAUUGGAUUAAUAACCUUUUACGAGUUACAAUGUAUAUCGCCCAAAAAAGUGAUUGAUCUUCAAAUUCACUAUUUUUUAGUUCCUUUUUUGUUAUAUGUUCAGUAUAAUAUGCUUUGCUUCGAUUAUACGGAAAAAUUGAAUGAAACACUAAGUGAAUCAAGUAAAAUUAAAGGUUCUUAUAUUAAUUCCAUAUGCGUAUCUUUAGAUUAUAAGCAAAUGAAGAAAGUUAUUUUAUUUGGCGUACGUACAAUUGGUUCUAAAGUAGCCAUACUUAUAUGGAGUAUAAAUUAUCCUGGUUGGUUCACAUUACCACUUCUUCUAUGGGCAACGAUAAGUUGGAUGCAAAAAACAUCAAGAACGUACUUUAUUUGUGUCAUGAUAUAUGCUAUAAUUUUACUAUUUUUUGAAUAUUUCUCGACCGUAGUUGGUCAAAACUUAACAGAAUUGGCAAUAAACUUUGAUGUUCAGACGGUUGAUAAUCCAUUAAAAUUUUCGAUGGCUAUGCUUAUUAAAACAUUACUGAUCUUAUUAAUAUGGAUUUCGUUGUAUCAAAUUAAAUUCUCAAACUAUGAAGAAGUACGAAUUAAAUCAUUUAAUUGGAUCGCUCCAAUAUACGAUUACAUAGCAUGUUUAAUGACUUUCAUAGUAGUUAUAACAAUGAUGGGAUUUGGUUUUAUAGGCCACCAAGUUCUUACCUUGAUACGUUUGGGUUACAUUGUGUUAGCUUUCGUAUUCUUGUUUAGUUUUCAAAUUUCUUUAACUUUUUGGCGGAAGACCAUAACUUAUUUUUGGAACAUGACAAUUUUUUAUUCAAUAGUCGUUACAACUAUUAUACAUAUUUGCCAGUUUCAAGGAUUUUCUGAUUUUCUAAAACACAAACUGUACAUAUCUCUUAAACUGUAAUGAAUACAAAAAAAAAAAAAAUUCUUCUAUUAAGUAUUGAUGGUUUUUGGUUAUUAUAGACAAAAAAUCAUCGGAUUGAAUGUGUUGACUGGUGUGGAUAAAUUUCGAAUAAUCAUUCCCGUUUUUCUUUCUAUUACAAUCUUAAUUUACUUAAAUUACUACC